AUGCGAAUAUUUCAAAACCCACGCACAAAGGGGGCGAAGAGCCUGAAUAGCGCAGAAAAUACUGUAGAGAUAACCGGUGAGACGGCCACCAUUGCUGCUCUCGCAGCAAUGCGAACUGUUCCGCCCGACUAUGCCGAACAUCCUAUAUUCGAGCGCUUAAAGGGUGCGAAACAACACGAACAGCACCCACUCCUCGACUACUGCACGAGGCUCUACAGGAUUAUACCUCUCACCAUUCAGGGCAAAAAACGUCAACCACAAUGA